UGUUAGCCCACUUCACCAGAGUUCGUUUAUCAGUGCACUUGGAUGAAGGAUGUGAGUUGCCCGUAAUGCGCGUGUAAUCAGUCCGUCCAGUUUGUCAGCGGUACUCCACCAGUAACCAGCAAACCAGUCACGAACGAUGCGUAUCAUUACGAAGGGCAAACGGUAUCACAAGGCGGCACGCGAAGCUAAUUUGAAAGUUCUGAAAGAGGCCAACCGAUGGGAGGUCAACGAGCCCGACGAGAACGGUAUGACUCCGCUACUGUGGGCUGCCCACGAGGGACAGAUGGAAGCCGUACGGAUUCUGCUGGAACGGAAAGGAAAGGUUAGCAAAGUGGACCGUUUCGGCAAUUCGGCACUUCAUUUGGCGGCCGCUCGGGGACACUUGGAGUGUGUCAAAUUGGUGUUCGGUAAGGGAGCUAACCUGUACGGAUUGGAUGGGGGUCGCCGAACGGCGUGUGAUUUAGCUAAAAUUGGGAAAUGGCAAGAGGUGGUGGAUUUUCUGGAAUAUCUGAUGAAAAUGAACGAAGAGAGAAGACCAAACGUGGUGUUGAAGUUGAAACAGUUAGCUAACGAACGGUAUGCGAAGCUGAAAGUGAAAUUUCCGUUUGAAAGUGAACAUAUGGCGUCCGAACAGUUUGACGAGUUUGGAGAGAAUUAUCAAUCAAAUAAUGGUACACAAAGAUGUAGUGAUGAAGAUUCGAGUAGCAUUCCAGAUGCUGAUGAUGAUAAAGCUUUAUCGGAAGAAAACGAAACGAAACAGAAUAAUGCGAAUCUUUUUGAACUGAUUCAGAACAAAAGUGGCGGGUUAGCAUCCAGCACCAGCAAGAGUGCAGCUAGGACUUGUUUGGUAUUUUCGGAAUUAAUCAAGGAACAAUCAAUCAACCAAACCAUUGUCAAUCGACUUGAAACGCGACCGCAACGAAAGACCAUCCAUGUUUCGAGAUCACCAGACGACGACGAGGAUUCGGAUACUGGUGAAGAUUUAGCAAGUGCGCCAGCGGAAUCCUCCCUGCUGGCACUCCUUAAAAUAUAUGACCUCCAACGGUUUCAUCAGCAGUUUCUUGAUAAAGGGGUGGAUUUGAACAGUUUAAUGCUGAUGACUGAGCAGGAUAUCAAAGCAUUAGAGCUUCCACUUGGCCCCCAUCGGAAGCUGUGCGUUGUCCUCGAAGAGUACAAGACCGCCCGAAAGUGGGACGAAGCAUAAACCCGAUUCCGUUGAACCCUGUCCGAUUGUCAGAGAAUGAUGCGGAACAUGACACCAAGCACGAUAAAAACAAUCUUCCUUCGCAUCAUGGUUGGCAAGCUUCUCCCAAACAUCAUAAAACCAUUUAUCUCUCUCUCGUUUUCCUGGGUUUUGUGUCAUUUCACUCAUCUCGUCGUACCGGAAUCACGAUAUAAUAACGCACUUUCUCCGACAACGUCCCCCCCGUCCAGUUCCAGCUCGCCGAACCGUUCUGCAAAAAGGGGCGUUACAAGAUGAAGAUUGAAAAAGGCACGAAUAAAUUGUCGUUCCAAUAAUGCCCGGAUCUAUAUCCACUAGGGGAAACAGGCUGAUCAUCGGAAAGCUUCGUCAUCUUCAUCGAGAUUCAAACACGGAGUGGCUACACCAUAGGAAAAAGAAUACGCCCGAUUACUUCCACUUCCACUGGCACAUUUGGGGCAAUAUCGACAGUGUCAUUCGAAGCUGUUAUCGUCCGUCUCGGGCUUGGCCUCGGCCUCACCCAGUUUCGAAUUAGGCACUGGGCAUGCGAACAUUAUCGAGAUAAGCAGCAGCAGCAGCAUCAGACGAACGAAACGAGCAGAUGUCAUGCCAAACAAAGCAACUUCCCCCUGUGCGGGUUGAUGGAGCUCGCCGGACGCCGUUCGCCGUUCGCCCAAAGGAAGCGGAACGGAUAUACUACCCACAACAAAACCACUUUUCGUGCUCCAAUAACCUCGAGACCGAAAUAAACCUGUUUCGUGUCAUCGUCGUAGUAUAGUUUAUUGUAAUUUCUAUUUCCACUCUCGUAUUUAUGAAGCGCAGGACUAACUGUGUUCGUCGGGGGGUGUGGAACAAUGAGUGAUGGUUUGGGUUCAGUAAAUUGAGCUGUCAAUAAAUUGAUGCUGGGGCAAGCAUUGGCAAUCAUUUCGAGGCUUUUAAUUCUCCGUGUGAUGAAAGAAUCAUUUAUGGUUCAAUUUGUUCUAACGGGACGGGAGUGUCUUUUUGGGUGUUUUGGUAUCAAUGGAUCAAUGCAGGAACUCGUAAUUGUGGUAUGAACGCGCGGUAUAAUAAAUUUCUUGGGACACGUUGAUCAGCCAUAUAAUGGAUUUUAAUGUAUUCAUAUAGAAUUCAGUAGUAUAAUUAGUUAAAUCUUUGGUGGUGAAUGGCAAUGAAACUAAGCAACUUAGCCUUAUUAUGUAUUCAGAGAAGAUUUCGCAAUUCGUGGGACUCUUGAGUUUAAGUAACAUCUAUGGUUUUUGUCUGUUCGGCCAUCUAUGGAAGCUGUCCUUCAAUUUCUGUUUCUUUCUCCAAACAGUCUAGAUAAGCCGUGUAGUGUCGGUAGUGGUUGUUUAAACCGGCUAAGAAUUACCGGCUGAUGAUAGUUCGGUGAAGUUUUGCUGGAUUUCUGUUAUCAAAUUUCUAUAUGUACAGACGAACCUGCUCAGAGGCAGUGUGGUGUCCAACCGAAAAUUGAGCCACUGGAUUCUAGCUUCCAUGUCGUAGAAGGUGACUGAAAACAGGAGUCCCCAAGUUAAGAUGUAGUUCCGUGCCGAGGACUUUUUGGGUUUGCCUUACUGUGUUAUGCGAAUAAAUAUGAUCGUGUUCCUUUUCAGCCUGAUAUGUGGCCCGCUACAUCCGUGCCUACCUUGAACCUUGUUGGCUACAGCAUCAUCUCACCAAUACCGGGCGUAUCGUAGAGUUCCAGUUCCCCCGCACGUUCAGGCAUCUCAGGUCCUCUUUCACUGCGUAUAUCCAACGUGUUCGUGGCCUCCCGCGAAGUCGGCGCACAGUGGCUGGAGUCUGGCCAAAAGCUCAAAAAUUUAUUUUUGAAAUAUUGAUAUUUUACAUUUUUCCUAAAUUUCUUAUGUAUUGAAGGAUGUAUAUUCAAAAUUUUAUGAUCAUUGGAUAAGAACAC